UCAUGAGUUCACUCAGUCUGGAAACUAACUCGACUGGAGACGAAUCUACUCAUAUCUGUUGAAGUUGUUCGUCGUUUAUAACUCAUAAGAAAUAUUAGGACUGACACAAUGGGAAAAGGCUGCCUGACUGUGACCAAGUACUUCCUGUUCUUAUUCAAUCUCCUCUUCUUCAUUUUUGGAGCUCUGAUUUUGGGAUUUGGAUUAUGGAUCCUACUGGAUAACCAAAGUUUCAUUGCAGUUUUGCAGGAAUCUUCGGAUUCUCUGAAGGUGGGUGCCUAUAUCCUGAUCACCGUUGGUUCCCUGGCCAUGCUCCUGGGAUUCCUGGGCUGCAUGGGAGCCGUGUACGAGAUCAAAUGCCUUCUGGGUUUGUACUUCACCUGCCUGCUGUUAAUACUCAUUGCCCAAGUGACUGCUGUAGUCCUCAUUUACUUCCAGCGUGAAACGCUGAAGAAAGAGAUGUCCUCUAUCAUCACAGACUUGAUUGUGAAAUAUGAAGGCAACAGCACCACUGACAUUGCCUGGGACUACAUCCAGAAGAAUGUUGGCUGCUGUGGCUGGUUGGGCCCUGCAAACUGGGCAAUGAACCCUGUGAUUAAGAACAGCUCCAUGGUGCUCUACCCCUGCUCCUGUGGAAACGGCACUGCGGACAGCGGCUUCUGCAGAAGCGACACCAAAGACUGGCCCGUCCACAGCGAGGGCUGUAUGACAAAUCUACAGAAAUGGCUUUUCGACAAUUUUGGAGUUAUUCUUGGAAUCUGUAUUGGAGUGGCAGUCAUUGAGGUGAUUGGAAUGAUCCUGUCCAUGUGUCUCUGCAAGAACGUACACCAGGAAGACUACACUAAAGUCCCCAAGUACUGAGGCAAUUGAAAUUACCAAGCAAGAGACAUGGAUUCCUGAACCAGUGUUGGCACAGGGCUGAGUUGAGGAACCAUUCUCUAUUUUAUAGCUUCAGGUGCUCAUCAGCCAUUCAAUGAGAGCAGCUCACAAAUAGCACAUGGGUUGUCAGUCAUCUUCUGUACAUGGACUUUUGGGAAUUGUAGUUUCAGACCUAUUUUUUUCGUUAUAUCAAAACUUUGAGAAUUUGUCAGAGCCAAUAAGGCCUCCACGGAUGCACCUGUGUAAAUGCUUUUUUCUUUCUUUUGUUAAACAUAAAAUACAGUUUGUUGUUUGUUUGUUUAAGCACUACUUUUAGUUGUAUUUUCCCAGAGCACUUCUAAACUGUUGAUCAGUGAUGUAAAGGCCUGUCAAGGCUCAGAGUAAAAGCAUGUCAUGUCUGGUUAUUUUUAGUUACAUUUGAUGAAGACUGAGAGAAAGCAAGCACCACCCAUUUAAGAACACUGUUUUUACAAGCUGCUUGUUACAUACUGCUGUCAUAACUGCAAUUUGCAGAUAUCUGCAAAUUGUGGCAAAAGACAUAAUUGCUAUUGUGAUUACGUAUUUCAUUCACAUAUACUGUAUAGUUAAUCACAUAGGGACUUGGUGACAAAGUUGUUUCACUGCCCCUCCAUUCAUACUGUUAGAGGGAAUUUUGUUUGGACAAUUGUUGGCAGAAACAUGAUUUUGACUGAAAAGUUUUGCCUUGACAGUGUAAAUGCAAUAAACAGUUAUAUAAGCUGUAUCACAUACACAAGGGUCAUUGAACAGGAAUUUUUCAAGAUCUCUGUAACAAUAUAAAGCUCUCGCCUUUUGAAAUUACAAAGUUUACUAAAAGCUUGAGUCCUGAAAUGUUUUAUUUUUUUUGCAAUGGCGCAGCAGUUCUCAGCAGUACCAUGGGAUGGCUCUCUUGCUAUACCAUUGCAAUGCUAAUACAGUUCAUGCAAUCCUGAAGUUCUUCCCUUGAGCCUGUUUAUGUCAUUUUCAUUGCUCCUCUCGGCUUUUGCAAAUAUUUUCCAUCAAAAAUCCACUAACCUGAAUUGUCUUUAAAUGGUUUGCAUGUUAUUUUUUGUUUUUAAUAAACUUAUUUACAGAGUA